AAGAAGAACCAAGGAGGACCUAAUAAUAUGAAGAAGCGAUACAAGGCGGAAUAAUUAACAGCUCAAAGAAGAAGUUGAAAUGAAGCCCCGUAAAAAAGGCGCAAACACGGCCAAGUACGAAGGCGGGAAGGAGGGACUGGCCGUGUGUCCUUUUUUGAGUUGUACGUAAUUUAAACGCAAUAAUAACCUGAUUUCCGUAAUGGCGACCCCGGAGAAUGGCAGGAGGACUAAGAUACGGGCCAGAGACGUCUUCGAGUCCUACUUCCUGAAGCACCACCGGGAGGACCUGAAGGCGAUCCUGGAGGCGAAGGAGGACGUGGAGAUGCAUUACCCUGUGUCUGUCAACUUCCUGACGAUGUUCGAGGAGCACCCUGAGGUCGCUGAGUCGCUGCUGACCUCCCCGACCAAGCUGCUACCAGUGAUGGACGUUGCGCUGUUCCGAGCCUACACAAAACUCCUGAACGAGCUUAAGGAUACGGGUUGCGACGCCGACCUCACCCUCAAGACCAACCUCCACGCUCGCAUCACUGGGUUGCCGUCCUGCCCUGAGCUGUACCGAGACCAAGUUCCGCGCACGGCUGAUGUGGGCCGCCUGCUGUGCGUGGCGGGGACAGUGGUGCGGCGAACAUCCACCAAGAUGCUCGAGUUCCAGAAGGAGUUCGUGUGUACCAAGUGCCGACAUGUGUUCACUGUGGUGGCAGACCAUGACCAGUACUACCAUCUGAGCAGGCCCGGCCGCUGCCCAAACCCUCAAGAAUGUCACUCCUUCAACUUUAGCGCCCUGUCCUCAACCUCCAAGCCUAUCCACACCAGGGACUACCAGGAACUCAAAAUACAGGAACAAGUGCAGAAGCUGAAGAUGGGCAGCAUUCCAGGGUCCUUGUGGGUGACCGUGGAGGAUGACCUGGUGGACUCAUGCCGGCCGGGGGAUGACGUCGUGAUCUGCGGCGUGGUGAGGCAGCGGUGGCGGCCGGUGACCCGAGACGUACGACCAAGCCUUGACCUGGUGCUGAGGGCCAAUAAUGUGACGGUUGACAAUAAGGACCGUAGCAGCAGCACCACACUCACAGAGGAGAUGCGGGAGGAGUUCACCGACUUCUGGGACCGCUACCGACGCGACCCCAUGGCUGGCCGGAACAUCAUCCUCGCCUCGUUCUGUCCGCAGGUGUACGGGCUCUACGUGGUGAAGCUCGCUGUGGCUGUGGUGGUGGCGGGCGGCGUGCAGAGGACCAGCAACAACACCAGGGUCAGGGGAGAGGCUCACCUUCUGCUAGUGGGUGACCCGGGCACGGCCAAGAGUCAGUUCCUGAAGUACACGUCGGCCCUGGUGCCGCGGAGUGUGUUCACCACGGGCGCCGGGACCACCAGCACCGGCCUCACUGUGACGGUGGUGCGGGAGGAGGGGGAGUGGGCCCUCGAGGCAGGCGCUCUGGUGAUGGCCGAUGGGGGCGUGUGCUGCAUUGAUGAGUUCAACAGCAUCAAGGAGGCGGACCGCGCUGCCAUACACGAGGCCAUGGAGCAGCAGACCAUCAGUGUGGCCAAGGCCGGCCUCCUCUGUAAGCUCGAUAGCCGGUGCAGCGUCCUAGCGGCCACCAACCCCAAGAUGGAAUGCAACGCCGAGGAGAUGAUCGAGUUUGUGGGUCUUGCCUCGCCGCUGCUCUCCCGCUUUGACCUCGUGCUGGUGCUGAAGGACGCGAAGAACCAUGAGUGGGACAGGGUAGUCUCGGGGUAUAUUCUGAAGGGCCAAGACCCAGGGGAGGUGGAAGGGACAGGCGCGGAGGAGGACUGGAGUCUGGAGAAGCUGCGCGCAUACUUCUGCCUCAUCCGUUCCCUGCAGCCGCGCAUGUCACCCCAGGCCAAUGAGGUUCUGAGUCGCUAUUACCAGGUGCAGCGGCAGAGGGACCUACGCAGCAAGGCACGGACCACACUAAGGCUGCUGGAGAGUCUGGUGCGGCUGAGUCAGGGCCACGCGAGGCUGCUCAUGAGGGACACAGUGGAGGUUCAGGACGCUGUGGUAGCUAUUAGUCUCCUCGAGGCUUCCAUGGGCGGGUUCUCGGCAGUCAUGGAAAUCAACCCUCUCUACACGGCCUUUCCCUUAGACGCACGCCAGGAAUACAGGACUCAAGUUCAAGUUGUCCUGGAGAAGCUGUCCCUGCCACACGUCUUGGAGGAGGAGCUGGCAAGGCUGGACAAGGAGGACGAACACAUAGCCAGCAGCAGGAAGCUCUCCGGGACAUACAAGAAGAGGGGGCCUUCCUCCGGGCCAGUCACCAGCACUCAGAAGCUCCCCUCCACCGCCGCCCUGCACUCACGGAAGGACUUCAAGCCGUCUGUCAAUGAGGAGGGACUUGCUCUUGAUAUCGAGGAGCUUGACGAAACUGCAAGUCACCAGAAGAGGCCCAGAGGAGGCAUGCAGCAGACCCUUAGCAAGUGGGUGGAGCCUGACACCACACAGGAUAUGGAGUCGUCGAUGCUUCCAGAUCCACUCUCUGACGAUGACCUGGAGCUCGUCAUCCCCAGGAAACAGAGGAAGAGGAAGGAGAAGGAGAGAGGGAAUAGUGUGGAGCCUCAAGGGAAGACUGUUAAGCGAAGGAAAGUGAAGAAGAAUGCCGGAAUGGAUGUGUCGAGGGAUGCUGGUGUGACGCCCGGUGCCUCCAUAUCCUGCUCAGUGUCCCACGUGGAGAGGGCGGGUGAGGAGCUGCUGCAGGACCUGGAUGACUUCGCCGAGGACACCUGGACGCCCGCCAAGGCCAAAGAAAGGUUCAGCUCCACCGUGGCGAAGUUUGCGUACAAGAAACCUGGGAAGGAAACAAACACCAAACAGUCUUGUGGUCGGGAAACUUCAGCAAGCAAAGAUGAGAAUGGCCGACCCACAGAAGGCUUAGCAACCUGUAACCUCGACACUGAGAGUAAGAAGAAAGCUGAUGAAAAUUCCCGUAACGCAGCAAGCAAACACAAACAGAACAGGCCUUUGCAAACCCAUACCCCAUUGACGGAGAGGCCACUAGCGAACUUAAACUCAAGGGACAUGCAACAGAGAGGCCAGCAGUGA